AUGGCGCAACGCGGCGCUUUUCCUCCCAACGGGGUACUGCAGUGCUCCAUCUGCGCUUUUCGAUCCUCCAAUUUCCCCGAUAUCCGGGCACACGUCGAAGCUUCCAAUGCGCAACGUGUUCGCUUCCACUGCCCAGCAUGCGGACAAGCUGCGUGUGGAAUGUAUCAGCUCAGCAACGGUGCAGGCUCGGGUCAUCUGUACUCUUGCCGCGCCUUUUUGCAGGCUGGCGAGGGGUUUCAUGAGAUGGACUAUCGCGCCUUGACGGCCCUAUGCAAAGACCCAAGCAUGGAAGGCACUUUCGCACCCGCGGAGAUUCGGACAGUGGUCACGGUAGAGCCUGACGCGUCGCGGAGACCUGCGAAAGCGACACCAUCGACAGACUUUCGCACUGGCAGAUCAAGCUGCGCCACUGCACAGUCGCACCUGCCAAUUUAUGGCUCGAAUCUUCCAGCAGUUGCCAUAGCAACGAGGUCGCCGAGCUCUGCUGCCUAUCCACCUAUGCGCGCAGGCCACGACAACUUCAAGCCACAGACCUCAUCUAUGCUGAAUUUUCCUUCAGAAGGACAAGGUCCGACCGCUGGAGCAAUGCCCCCUCUGUCCGAUCGACCCGUCAUGAAGACGACGUUUGAGGGCACAAACAAAGCUGAAUGGAUGUCUUACGCCCAGCAUAGAUACCAGACACCACAACAAGGCUCUUCUACGCGUUUACAAGACGCUUCUUCAGCUCAGAAGUUGGAGGCGCUUCCAACACGACAGAUCCCACCCCAAAGCAUGGCCACUCGGAGGAUGGUGGACCUCUCAAGACAUACAGAUGCUCGUGCAGCUAUCAAACUAACUCCUCGCGGCGGGCUAACGCAGACUUCACCAGUAAAUACAGCAAGCUCCGGCGCAAUUCAGUCAGGGAGCCUCUCUCGCACAGCGCUCUCUCAUUCGCGUGCCCAUGCCACCGACACUGUACCUGCCACUGCCAUUACCACUCCACCUACCACAGUUUCGCCCCACGAAAUUCAUCUUCAUCAUCGCCGAAUAGACAAAACAGUGGAGGAAAAUGAGGAGGAGAGGAUUGAGCUGUCAGGGCUGACCUUACGGGAAGACCAGACCUACCUCAACACCGCACUGGCUCUUGGCCUCGACCCAAUCGACGACUUCGAUAACUUCUUCCCACGAAUCACAGUGCCAGAACCAGAUCCACUGCUGUUUCCAACAUGUGAAGCGUACUCGCGAGCAGCUGCGUUUGCCAAUCCAAGAGGCAUCACGGAGUUGAACUGGGCCGACAACUGGCUGGUGCCAAUCGAAGGAGACAGUGUGGAGUGGAGGAUGACCGUUCGGUGGUGCAAGGGCUGUAAUUCGGGCGUGUUGAUUGACGAUGCAUCUUCACACCUUGACGGGUGCGCCGUUGCGAUGAAGUUUGCCUACAACAGGAAUGGGUAUUUGGUGCUCGCCAAUCAGAGGGGAGCUUCUAAGAGAGGAUGCUGA